AUCCUUACCUUAUCUUGUACGAUGAUCAAAGUUUUCUUUUUUAUUCUUUCCUUUGCACUGUUAUGUUUGCCUGUUUUCUCAAGUCCUGUGGGUUCUCUUUCAUUUUUCAAGGGUUCUCUUUGACGACUUGUCCACUUGGUUCUGGGCUUUGCUCAAAUGCUUUUGUGUUUCAUUUAUUGCUGCAAUAAUGGGUGCUUUAUUUUGUUGGAGGGGCCGUGAGGGACUAAAAAGUACGUUUGUCUACCAUAGGACCCAGGUAAUAUCUGACCUGGAAUUCAUGAAAGCAAUUGUUUACCUCAUGAGGGGUAGAGUGUUAUAUACAACCAACAUAAAAAAUAAUAGAAAAUGACCAUUUUGAACAUAAGAUAUCAGCAUUGAACGAGUAAUUGAACAUUGAUUUUGAUUACAUAAUUAGUCUCUCCAUAUACGUGGCAACUUGGAAGUGGCUAUAGCAUUAGUUUGACAGUGAUUUAGACCAAGCUCAAACUUGGGGAAGAGUUGGGUCCAUUAAUUAACGGUAUGCUUAUUAUAGUUAAAUAACCUUCUACUGUGAACAUGCAAAUUCUAUACAAUCCUAGUUCAGCCUUUAUAUCAAAUAAUGAACUGCCAGCCUGCAUGUUGCUUUGUCUAAGGCAGGUACCCCUUUGAUUCUUAGAUUUUCUCAUUUUAAAUUUGUGACGAGUCAUUUUCACACUUUACAUAUCUGCAAUAAGCUUUUUUAGUAUUUAUAGUUUACAUGUAAUGCUUUAUACAACUUGAUUACAUAAUUAGUCUCUCCAUAUAGGACUGGUAUAGUCGAGUCAAGUGAAAAACAGGAGUUCAGUAGUGUAUUUAGGCUGGAUAUGAACUUUUUGGCAUCCAAAAAUUGUUGUGCUAGAUUACCAGAGAACAAAAUUUCUUCAUAUAGACUAUAGUCAAGGGUGGAAAUACGCAUCAAUUGGGAGGUGAAAUUUAAUCAUGCUGGAGAGCUCUUUGUUUUGAAUGAGAAAUUCGUUUUUUUCCACCUUUUUUGGCAAGCAUUAUUAACUUGGUAAUAAGUAAUGGAAAACAAGCUUCUUUCUUUCUUUUUGUGUUAGCUCUAUUUUAUCUGCUAAUUGGACUUUCUUGAUUGCUAAAUUGUAAAAUUUGAGCUGAUUACAGUUCAUUUUAGUGUGUAAUUGCUUCACUAAUGUAUCAAAGUUGUAAACUUUCAAAGAGACAGUGUUCAAAUUCCAAUCUUCGUUGUUUCUAGGUUGCUUUCUGGAUAUAUGACUGCCUUGUUUGUGUUUUUUGCAGAGAAAAAAAAUGUGUGACUUCAUAGGUUUCAUGAUGACCAAACUAUGAAAUCUAGAUAAGGGUCUCCCCUCAGUUGUUUCACAGGCCAAACUAGGGGUAUGUCAGCUGGCAAAGGGAGAUUAAAUGGUACUCAAAACUAUGUUCCUUUGUAAUUCAUCCUUAAUAAUCUCAAAGAUACUAGUUAAUAUCAAAAGCCCUUCUGCUAUUUUCUCGUCUAUUACUAAAAGUCACAAUCAUUGCUCUUAUUAUUACUUUUUCUCUAGCUCUUCUUCUUCUAAGAACAAGAACUGGAGCCUUAUACACCAAAUUGUUAAAGCCUUUCACAACCAACAAAACCCUAAACCCUUAAACCCUAUUCUUCUCUCUAAAUUACAACUCUACCAUGUACCAGACGUUAUUAUAUCCCUUCAGCCUAAGCCCUUUUCGGCUAUUAGAUUCUUUGAGUGGGCUGAGAGCUUUUUCAUUUCACCACUCUCUGCACCAUCAUUCUGUGCCCUCCUCCAUGUCUUGCUUCAAAACCAAUUAUUUAGUCGUGCUGCUUGUGUUUUCGAUAAGUUUAUCAUGCAAUUUGGAAAUGAUUAUGACACUUUGGAUGCCUUUCGUGAUGGUUUUUGUGAUUUGGAUUCGACAAACCAUAGUGUUGUUUAUGGGUUUUUGAUUGAGAGUUACUGUCGAAAAGGGAUGUUUGAUAAAUCUGUUGAUAUAUUCAUGCAUGUUUGUGUAAAGGGUAUUUUUGUUUCACCAAAUGUGGUGUACUUGUUGUUGGGUUCUUUGAUUGAUUCACAUUGUGUUGAAGUAAUUGUGGAUAAGUAUGGUGAGCUGUGUUCAGCUAUGAGAGAACAGCCUUUUAGUGUUUAUGAAUUUGUAAUGAAUAGGUUUAUGAACAAGGGUGAGGUUGAAAUGGGUUUGAGAUUCCAUAAAGCUUUGGUUCAAGGAGGUUUUGGUCUGGAUAUCAUUACUUGCAAUAAGAUUUUAAAAGGUAUUUGGAUGCAAAAUGAUAUAGGAGUUGCAGAUGAUUAUUUUAAUAUGGUAGUGAGGAUUGGCCCAAAACCAAAUGUUGUCACAUUUAGCACAUUGAUUGAUGCAUAUUGCAAAGAGGGAAAUUUGGAUAAAGCAUUUGUGCUUUUUGAUGUUAUGGCAGGGAAUGGUGUGACACCUGACUUAAUUGUCUACAGCAUUCUUAUUGAUGGCCUGUUUAAGGCAGGGAGGCUGGAAGAUGGACAAAGGCUCUUGUUGGUAGCAUUAGAUAAGGGUAUCAAGUUGGAUGUUGUUGGUUUCAGCUCAGCCAUGGAUGCAUAUGUGAAAAUUGGGGAUUUAGGGAGGGUAAUUCAGAUAUAUAAGAGAAUGUUGAAUGAAGGGAUUUCACCUAAUGUGGUCAGCUGCAGCAUUCUUAUAAAGGGGUUCUGUCAGAAUGGUAGGAUCUUAGAGGCUUGUGGACUGUUUGUUCAGAUUCUGAAACUUGGUUUUGAGCCAUCUAUUUUAACUUACAGCGCUCUCAUUGCUGGAUUUUGCAAAUCAGGAAAUCUAAGGGAUGGGUUUUAUUUAUAUGAGGAUAUGAUAAAGAAGAGGUGUGAACCUGAUACCAUUGUUUACAGUGUUCUGAUAAAUGGUCUAUGCAAACAAGGGUUGGUGGGUGAUGCACUAAGAUUCUUCUUUCAAGCUGUGAAUAGGGGUUUAAGUCCCAAUGUUUUUACUUUGAACACCUUGCUAGACAGCUUCUGUAGAUUGAAAUGCAUAGUUGGUGCUAUGAAGGUGUACUAUCUAAUGGGAAUGUUAAAUAUAAAAGCAGACACAGUGACCUACACCAUCCUUAUUAAAGGCGCUGCUCAAUUUGGUAGAGUUGAUGAGGCACUGAUGUUAUUCUUCCAAAUGCUCAAGAAGGAUUUCAAACCAGAUGUUAUUACAUAUUGCACUCUGAUUGAUGGACUUUGUAAGCUGAAAAAAUCAUCUGCAGGAUUAUGUAUUUUUGAUUUCAUGUGCAAGAAUGCUGUGGCCCCUGAUAUUGCAAUUUAUAAUGUUCUCAUUAAUAUGCAUUCUAGGGAAGGCCAUUUGGAGGCUGCACUUGGACUCUUUGUCCAUGUUGUUGAGAGAGGGCCAAAACCUGAUGUUUUUACUUUCAACACAAUGAUUUGCUGUUACUGCAAUUUCAAAAGGUUAGAUGAUGCAGUUCAGCUUUUUGCGAAGAUGACAAGUGAACAGCUCAGACCCAAUGCCAUUACUUUUACCAUACUGAUUGAUGCAUUUUGUAGAGAAGGUAGAAUGGAUGAUGCCAUGUUGAUGUUUUCCAAAAUGCUGGAAGAGGGUCCCGAACCCAAUUUGGUGACAUAUAGUUGUUUGAUUCAUGGUUAUUUCAAAUCUCAAAGUAUGAUGGAAAGUGGCUUAAAGCUGUAUAAUGAGAUGCUUGAAAACAAUAUUGCUCCAAAUAUUGUCAGUUACAGCAUUCUCAUUGAUGGUCUAUGUAAAAGAGGUCUAAUGAAGGAAGCGUCUUGUGCUUUUCGUUGUGCGCUAGACAAACAUUUAUUGCCUGAUGUGAUAGCUUAUACGAUUCUGAUCCGUGGAUAUUGCAAGGUUGGGAGAUUAACUGAAGCCAUGAUGUUUUAUGACAAUAUGUUAUUGAAUAGACUCACUCCAGACCGCUUCCUGGAAAGAACACUUGAGGAGUAUCAACUUAAAAAAGCUGGAGCUAAACAUUUGUGUGCUUGAGGAGGAUGUAUGGAGACCUUCCUAUCAUCAUCCUGCAAUUAGGCAUCAUCAUGGUGAAUGAAAUUACUACUGCUGCUUUCUAGGUACUGAUUAUAAUGUAUAUUAGUGUUAUAUUUCAUCAUACAUAUUCACUAGUAAGUAUAGACAAAACUCUGUUCUUACCCUGUAAAGAAGAUGGCCGUGAACUCUUGUCUGGAUCCAUUGUAUUAUCACUUGGAACACCAGACCAAAAAAUUUACCCUUAAAGAAUAUCACAAUUUACAUAUUUUUUUCUAAUUUUUAAUCUGUCUUGAACGUUAGCAGAUGUUUCUCCUUAGGGAAAAAGUAAAAUGGCCUCAUGUUUAUUUUCUCUUGUUUUUCUUUUGAGAUCUGCCUUGCAUACGCAAUCAAUUACUAUGGCAUUAUUCUUUUUCGAGGCCUGAUGGUGAUCUUCGGAAAGCUACGAGUUAAAACUUAUCAAAAGCGUAAUCAACCCAUGCGGCAGUUCUACCAAGAAAAAUGAGUUUUUCGUGAAUAAUUAUUUGCUCAUGUUGUUUGCUGUCAUCUUUUGUUAUCCCCUUGCAAUCUGAUAUUACCUUCAAACUGAUGGGUUUCUAUUUCCGAAGGUCAGCUUAAUGAUUGUAGGGGUGUUGAUCCAUGGAGACACGAUUGCUUUCUACUCCUACAGUUGGGUAGAAUAAAAGAAGUACUUUGACUGGGGAUGGUUAUUGCUCUGAAGCUUAAGCUCACAAUGAACUUUUUGCCGUGAUGGAAGAUGGCAGAGGCAAAGAAUGGAAUUGGACACGUUCGACAUGCAAUCACUCCAAAAAUGGGGGUGAGGAUCUUGCAAAGAAAGGGCUCUCUCUCCAACAUGUCUUUCAUCAAUAGGGAGUAUUUGUGGACAGACUGAACAGAUAAAACUUAUAAGAGCUCUAGAGAUGGAAUGGAUAGUUUUGGAUGAAAAAGAACGGUUCUCUGGAAGAUGAGAGAAUUCUGUCAGAAAAGGAAAGGGGUAACAAGUCAACAUCUGCCAAAGUUACUCAUUAAGACGCGGAUUAAAUUCUUACCCUUUUUGUGCAAGAAACAAGAACAUUUGUAAGAUUCCAUAAAUAUUCUUCCAAUUUCUUCUGGCAACUUACCAUACAUCUACAUCAUACUCCGCGUUAAUAGUUCCAGGAAUACCCAGCAAGAAUCAUUCUGAUCCUAUCUCUGUUCAUCUGAAGAAAGGAAGGAUCCCAAAUGUGACAUGCUAUUACAUCUUAUAAACUCUCAUUUAGACCUGGGAAGAAAGGGCCAAGGAUACCCAAAGAGUUUAAACUACAAGUGUGGAGGCAGUUAUGCUGAGGUUGUUAUCGAUCUUACUCGUACAUGUUCAACAUGUUAUAUCAAUGAAAUGAAAGUUUUGCUCCAAGUUUUCUUCCUGUUUGUGAAAGGUGGUUUCCUGCAGGUAUGAUCUGUUGUUCCAAGGCAACUAAUUUUCCUUGUCAUUGACUGUUCCUCAGAAAAGUAGAUUCUGUCUUGUAAUUUCAAUAAAGUUGUUGCAUGUGCUAUUUCUCAAACCCAAGUGGAAGGUCAUGAAUGUCAGUGUAUAUUAUGGCAAGAAUAUCAACAAUAUAUGGCAACCAAAUUGUAACAGAAUAUCUUGUAUUAUUGUAUUUAUUAUAGACUACAAAUCAGGGAUUAGAGACGGUAAAUUAGGGAUUAUUACAUGUAUUUAGAUUGAAUUCUUCCUUCAGAGAUCAAUGAAAACAGAGAACAAUUUUACAUUGAAA